UUAUCAUGGCGACAAGCUUCCAGGACGCGCCAGUCAUUGUCCGCAAUGCUGCCAAUGGGCGCAAGAUUUUCAUGGCCAAAUGCUCAGACUGUCACGCAGUGGAGAGCGAUGGCGGCCACAAGCUUGGCCCCAAUCUCCACGGCUUGUUUGGAAGGCAAGCAGGGACCGCGCCAGGCUACGCAUUCUCGCCGGCAAACAAGAACACGAAAGUAAUCUGGGACGAGGGAGCGCUUUUCGACUACAUUUUUUAUCCGAACAAGAAUUAUCCAGUGUUUCUCCUCCACUCCAUCGCAGUUCUUUCCAGGAACGAAAAAGCCCUAUGAUGGCCUCGCUUCCCCGCAGGAGAGAGUCGACCUGAUCGCGUAUUUGAAAAGAGCGUGCUGACCGGCCGUAAGGUUUCUGACUGCCUGUAGCCAGUUGCUGGAAGUUCUGCGAAGGGCCUGGCAAUUCUGGCGGAAUUUUCUUGGUGUCCAAACGGGACAUAACUAUUUUGAAUCCUUUAUCUUUGGAGGAACUUCAUCGGUUUGCUACUUCUUUCGUAGACUUUCACGGCGGUGCCUGGACACACUGGAUAAUCUUCGCUAUGGGCACGUAGAAAUCGAUGUCUCUCCCCAAAAAGGGUGUCUUUUUAUAAUCUAAAAAUUAAAAA